AUGCGCGGAACCGGUGAGCGGCCCCUGUUGCUGCUGUGGCUUUAAGCCGCUCCGCUCACUUUCAGUCCGCCCGCAGACCUGCACUCACUGCCUUCCUGGAGUCUUUAACAGUUAUGAAAGAUCUACAUUUUAAGGAUUUCUUCUGGAACGCUGAUCUGACCUGCACCGGUGGCUACGAUGCAAUCAUCCAGUAUCUCAAUGAUGGCAAGAGGACAUGCAAGGAGGUGGAGGAGUUCAUGAAGGCCAGGGCCACAGUUGAAGAGAAGUAUGCCAAAGAUCUGCUCGGUUUGUCCAAGAAGGUGUGUGGACACAACGAGAUGAACACAUUAAAACGAUCCCUGGACAUGUUGAAGCUACAGACCGAACAUGUGAGUCUAUCACACUCACAACUGGCUCAGGGCAUGAGGGACGAGGCCAAAAAACUGGAGGAAUUCAGAGAAAAACAAAAAGAAGCCAGGAAAAAGAUGGAGCAACAUAUGGAGUUCUUCCACAAACAGAAGUCUUCACAUUUCAAGAGGACAAUGGAUUCAAAGAAGACGUACGAUCAGAAAUGCCGAGAUAAAGAAGAAGCGGAUCAGAACAUGAAUCGAAACGCCAACACCAACAACACCAAGCAAAUAGACAAGCUCUACUCAAAGGCGCAGAGCGCAAAACAGACUGCAGAAGAAGCAGACCGGGGGUACCAUCAGAACGUGACCGUAAUGGAAUCCAUUAGAGACGAAUGGCUGACGGAACACGUCACAGCCUGUGAGAUGUUCGAGAAACAGGCAACGGAGCGCAUCGUCUUUCUGAGGAACGCGGUGUGGACUCACCUCAACCAGCUCUCCCAGCAGUGUGUGACCAGUGAUGAGCUGUAUGAGGAAGUGAGGAAGUCACUGGAGCAGUGUGAUGUCCAGGAAGAUAUCGGACACAUGAUUAACCUCAGGCGCACCGGAGACAAACCACCAGCUCCAGUUGUGUAUGACAACUUCUACAGUGGCCAGAGGCCUCCGGCUGUAGCGUCGCCCCCUCGACUGCCUCCACCAAUCAGCAGGAGGGGGCCUCUUCCAGAACCCACAAACAGCCGCGAGGAUACAAUCUACUCGACGGUGCAGGAUUCCGUGUACAGUGUUAUCCAUUACUGAGAUGCACAUCCGCUGGAGAAGAGAAUGGUCACAUCGUCCCACCACCUCCUCCUCCUUUGGGGUUUCUUGUAAUGAUGAUGUCGCCCCAGAUGGAAAUGAGGGUCAUUUCUACGUAGGUACAUGUUUUUAGAUGAGGUUUUGUGGUGUUUUAUAUAUAUAUAUAUAUAUAUAUAUCACAGUUUAUAUAUAAAACACAGAGAACAGUGAAUACAUUGGUUUGUACUUAGGUCACUUCUUGUAUAAUAUACAAAAAUGUACAGUUGUCUGUUCACAAGGCCUUUGUAGGUCUAUGUACUCUGCUUGUGAUCUUGCUUGCAUUUUUCUUUUUUGUUUGGGAUGCAGAGCAUUUGUUGUAUUGUUGUAGCAGUUUUGUAUUUAUUUUUUGUGGAGCAACACUUUUCUCAAAUUUUAAAUAGAGAUUCACAAAAUAA